UUUGUAUGUGUGCAUGAUAAAAGUUAUUAAUACUAUAAUGUAUGUAUAUGUGUCAGCAACUUAAUAGAAAUUAUAUGAGAUAAAUUAUGGCUAGAUGUUUGAAGAUGGAUAUCACGUAUCGUUAUCUCAAAUGGCAUAUAUUAUAACCGUUGUUAUGAAUUUAAUUGGUCACAUGUGCAUGUAUUGCGCACUUGGCGAAUUUUUAACUGCACAGUGCGAUCAAAUUCAUUACGCUGUGUAUUCAAACGAAUGGUAUAAUAUGGAUCCAAAAAAUGCGCGGAGUUUAAUUCUUCUUUUGGUCAGAACUAAUAAACCUCUUCAUCUUAGCGCUGGUAAAGUGUUUCCCUUAACAAUGGUCACAUUUUGCGAUCUUUUAAAGACGGUAGCUGGUUAUAUAUCUGUUUUGCUUACAAUAAAAACUUAACCAACAAUCUGAGGUAGUGAGAAUUUAACGUAAUGUAGUCAUAGUUCGUAUGCGUAGUAGAUGAACAAAAAAAAAGUAUUAUUUCAAAGUAAU